AACUCGAACCACGGAGGACCAAUGGCCGAGGUCCCCUCCCGAUCGGUCACAUCCCGCGAUCGGAUCCCGCCGAUUUAAUUCCCACGGACAACGACCGUUAACGGUGGAAAACCAUCGAAUCUCGGCGGACGAAUCCUCCGAUCAAGGGCCCCGCGACGUUUCACCCCUGCGCGUAGCGCCACGACGCCGCCAUGUCGACGUCCAACCCCUGUAGUCCGUGCACGCCGCAACCCCCGACGCAUCCCCAGUUGACCGUGAACAGACCGAGCGCGAAUUCCGCGGUUGGAAACAGAGAGAAAACAGCGUGAAAGAGAAAAAACCGUUCCGGAGCCGUGUGUGCCGGGUUUCCGUGAGCGGCACAGGUCGCAACCGCGAGGAGCAAUCCUGGGGCUAUGAAUGAGGACCCAACCCUUUCAUCUCGAGGUUUUGAUAGUGUUACUCUUGUCCGUAAUCCCCUGGCCAGGACCCAGCGUCUUUAAAAUAUCAUGCCCCCGCGAUCGAGCGUCCGUGGUGAGAAGGAUAGUCCAGAAGAGAUGGAUGCCCAUACUGAAGAAGUAUCAGGUAGAGCUGCCCAUCGAGUGUCCGUUCCACGAGAGCCGGGACAUUUUUCGGCCGCAGCAGAGGGCGAAACACCAGCACAGACCUUCCCAGUGGACCUGCGGACUAUGCGGCAAGUCCUUCUACGCGGAGAAGCACCUGGAUGCCCACUUCGAUAACAGACACAAGAGUAACGUUAACACGGCGGAGGAUGCGGUGUGCCUCGCGGACUACUGCGACAUCAUGAGAUGCGACGUCCUGGGUAACCGUGACUUCGAGAGCUCGCUGGUAGACGACGAGGCAGCCCACCACAGCACGGACAUCCAAGUCUGGAAGGAGAACACUGAGCAACGUUCCACCUCGGUGAUGCCGUGCAGCCUGCGCGGGCCGUCGUCGAAAACGUACCCGGUCGAGAAGUCCUGCACGAUGUCCGGCGGCGGGGCCGUCAGGAACAUCCACCAGUACUGUCACCGGGAGGACACCGGCGCUCUCGAUAAUCACCGACUACCCGGGAUGGCGUACUACGUAGAGAUCGCUGGCCCGGACAACAAGAGCAACGCCUGCGACAACGAGGAGGAGGAGGAGGACGAGGACGACGAGGACGACGAGGAGAACCUCGUCGAGGCCGCUCUACCCGCCGUGGACAAGAAGCAGAGGCGCAAGGGGCUCCACCUGAGGAAGCUGAAGGCCAACUGCAAGCCGGAGGAGCUGCAGAAGCUGAAGUUGCAGUGCGAAAUACUGGUUCGCGAUUGCAUCGCUGGACUUUUGACGAAUCUCUCGGUACGAGAUUUUCAAGAGAUCGAAGGGGAGCUAAACCGCGCAAUAUGCUGGUAUCUCAGCUGCGACAGGUACUGGGAGGACACGAAGAGGCAACAGAGGCACACACCUUGGUACCUGCUCAUUAUUUUUCUGACUAUACUGUCCACGUCGAUUUAUGCAUGCUACUAUGUCAUCUGGGUCCUGUUCAAGUACAUCAGUGACAACAGCAAGAAGAUGCCAAAGGGUUCUCUUUUUUCUAGAUCUCGUUUGUUUUCAGUGAAUUUAUGUAGAACUUUAUGCUAGCUGGAAACAGAUCCAAGAGCAAUUUGUAUGAGUACUUUGAUAAAAGUCAGGCGAAUGCGAAAUUAGAAAGUAUAAACGAUUAUUUGGAAACAGUUCUGCAUUUCUUGUUCUCUUUCAUAGCUUGACUGCGACAAUUGGCACAUCCCUGUCCGUUGAACGUAUUUCCAGCGCGUUAUCGGCAUUCCAGAUGUGUAUUUACCGAAGUGCAGCGAUAAGAGAUAAUUUUAUAUCGCGUUGUCUAGCAAUUUGCGCAAGCUCUGACGUGUCUGGCAUAAUCGGCGCAUUCGAAAUUGCAUUCAAGGGCACACACUUCCGCUUGAACUUCGAUUUCUUGAAAUCAAUUCGACAUCAAGACGAACAUCUAAUCUGUUACAAAACAUGUUACAUCAUAAGGAAAAUAUUUUAUUCGAGAAAUUGGCGAAGCGAUAGAUAUUUGGCUAAUCACUGCUCCAUAAAAUAGAUAAUAUUAGAUUGGUACACGAAAUUCCUCGUAUUCAACAAAAACAACAUUCUGCUUAUAAACACAACUCAACUGGCGAAUAGAAUGCUCAAGAAGAGUGGACAUCCGUGUUAUCGCGACAUAUCGCGUCGCUUAUCGCCUAGACCGAUUCAAUUCAGGCGAAAAAAAAACUCAGUCACCCGUUAGUCCAACACAGGAAAACAAACAGCUGUAUACAACAUUGCCAUCAAAACAAUCCGCCGCGAACGAGGAAAGUGAAAUCAUUCCGAGAAAUCGAAGAUCAUGCGAUUCGGUAUAUUUCCAAAAUAUAAAGUACGCGACCUCUAUUCCGUUUCCCACGAAGAAAUCGACAGUCAUUAUUGUUACAAAACAACUCGACACGCGACGAAGUUCCACCAGACAUUACGUAAAAUGUUUUCGUCGUUCGUCAUAAAAUCUUUCGAGUGCAGUUACCUCUGGCGACAACGAACGUUCCAAAGUUUUCCAGAUUAUUUUAACCGGCGCAAGAUUGUCAUUCUUCUCCCGUUAUUCCAUAGAAAUGAAAGAUUUUCUUUGAAGUCUAGACGUUCUUCAGGAUAUCAGUACCUACAACGGAAACUAAGAAACCGUCACAAGUCGAGUCUCUUCUUAGAAGAAUAGCCUUCGUUAGAAGAAUCUCGAGCGUUUCUAGCGCACGUUGGCAAGCGUGUUAACGAUAACAAAGUUUUCUUCCAACAGCUCCGCGGACGACGAUACAUUGGACGGCGCCGGAAGCCUGGACUACACGGACGGCAAGCUCGCGGCUGCGUCGUCGUUACACGAACCGAGUGGUCCAGGCGAGGGUAGAUCGGCCGAACGAAGGAAAUGCGAGCCCGGUGACGAGAAGCUG